AUGGGGUACAUUUACGGUGGAAGCAUCUGUACUAUCGCCGCCUUGAGCGCGGUCAACAGUGCCGACGGCGGUUUUGCAGCGCGAAUACCGCUCUCUCGAGCCCCCUGCCGACUUCGAACAAAGCGCGGGCACGACUUUGUUUUGGCUUGCGAAGACAUGGCGAUGUAUACUCGGAAUGGAUCACCAACGCAUGGGACGAUGAUUUUUGAGCAUGGAGCAUCUCAUGAUGACAGUCAAAUACCGAGUCUAUAUCGGAGAGCUUGGGUUGUACAAGAGCGUGUGUUGUCUCCAAGGACGCUCUAUUUUAGCAGAUUGGGCAUCUACUGGGAGUGCUGUGAAUCAAUCCUUUCCGAUGCAGAUGCGCAUGCUGGACGGGGCGUUCAUGAGUGGAGUAAGUUGAAAAUGAGCAUGAGCUAUAUGAUCGGAAGAAGAUCCAAGACUAUCUUUGCUGCCAUUUUGCCAAAUGCAAAUCAUACCACACGAGGCGACCCUGGCGAGCAUAACGCGGGAACUGACAAUUUAGAUGAAUGUCAUAGGAGAUGGCUGCGCCUGGUGGAGAUCUACUCUCACAGCCGAUUGACCAAGGUGUCCGACCGAUGGCCAGCUUUGGCCGGCAUGGUCAAAAUCAUUGAGUCUGCCAUGAAUGUGCAGAUCUUAGCUGGUAUCUGGCGAGAGUAUCUCCUGGUGGACCUGCUAUGGACAUCCGCUGGGCACUCGACGCGAUCAGACGAAUACAGAACGCAGUCAAAGUCAAUGAGAUUAGAAAACGGACAGCCGACUUGGUCGUGGCUCUCAGUGGAUAGCGGUGUCGUAUUUGGUCCUCAUGAUCCUGACCAAAUGGAGUUUACAGCGAAGAUAUUAUCGGUGGCUUCAAAGCUGAGAUCAGCGGCUCCUGGAAAUGAGCUGCAUCUGACUAUUGACGCGCCGAUGUUCAGAUGUGAGAUUGCCGAUGGGCCACUUGGACCCAAGUUGUCGAACCCGGAGCUCUCCAAGGACAUCAAGACCCAUACAGAGCCAGAAUUGGAUUGGCUUGGGCUUCUUAAUGACCAAUUCGACUUCAGUAUGAAUGCUGCACAGACACCUGAGGCGUGGGCUUUACCAUUGACACAAACAAGAAACCAUGAGUCUGCUUCAGGGAAUGUCCCUGGCUUUCUGAGACAGAAGGUGCUCUCUGGUGAUGUUCGACAACACAGUUUGACAGAGUUGAUAAUUGUGCCAGACCCGGUCGACGCUCCAAGGUCGAUCGUGUCAACGAAGUUCUUGCCAAAAGAACGAGAGUCGACGUAUACUAAACAGCUUUUCUGUCCAGACAUAUCCACUGGCUUAGGCACGGCUCACGUCAAAUGGUGA